AAGAGAAUUAGAUUUUGGAUAAUUCGUAUAUCAUUUCAUGUCUAGGUAAAUUGAUUUUUUACUUAAAAAUAUCGAUGGUUAUAAAAAUCGUCCUGCUUUCAGUACAAUCAGUAACAAAAGUCAAAUUUAAUUGACAUAUAACUCAUCCAAAAUAGUAAUAAAUAAAAAAAAAGUUUGCCACGCUAGUAUCCCACGAAGUGCAACAAUGCGGCUUCAACGUGGGUGUAGGAAAAUCCAGACUAAAAAUCCAUAUAUUGUGAGAAUAAUUUGUACGCAAGCGCGACGCAGCUUUCGGUAAAGCUGCAAAAAUAUUGAAAACACUCGAGUGAAAUCAGCUGGAGAGGAUGGUGCUCGGUGUUGUGUUCAUACUAGCACUGCUAUCAACAAAAAGUUUACAAUUCGAAUACAAACAUCACAAUAAUGACGAGCUGUUGGAGGUUUUACAAGAUGUGAAUUCAAAAUGUAGCAACAUUACCAGGGUAUAUACAUUAAGUGAAAAUUCCGUUUUGGGAUUGCCGUUGUACGUUAUCGAAUUUUCAACCAAACCUGGACGACACGAAAUUCUUAAACCUGAAUUUAAAUAUAUUGCAAAUAUGCACGGAAAUGAAGUUUUGGGUAGGGAACUACUAUUGAAAUUAGCUGAUUACCUUUGUGAUGAAUAUUUGACGGGGAAUCCUCAAAUCAGAUCGUUGAUUCAUAUGACCAGGAUUCAUUUAAUGCCCAGUAUGAAUCCGGACGGUUGGCAAGUCGCAACUGAUACUGGCGGUGAAGAUUAUUUAUUAGGACGAACCAAUAAUAAUUCGGUUGAUUUAAAUAGAAACUUCCCAGAUUUAGAUAGAAUAGUUUUUACCAACGAAGAACAACAUAUUAAUCAUAAUAAUCAUUUACUUGAAGAUUUGACAUCACUGGAAGAACCACUGCAGCCAGAAACAAAAGCUGUGAUUCGUCUCAUAAUGCAAGUGCCGUUCGUCCUUUCGGCAAAUUUACACGGAGGAGAUUUAGUGUCUAAUUAUCCUUACGAUGAUAGUAGAUCGGGACGACAAACCGGCGAAUAUGCAGCUACACCUGAUGAUUUUACAUUUAGGCAUCUAGCCUUAUCUUAUUCUUUGUAUCACGCCGAUAUGGCAAAACCGAAUAGAAAAAGUUGUGGGGAUUACGAAAGCAUGCGCUUCCCAAAACAACAAGGGAUUACCAAUGGUGCUAAAUGGUAUUCUUUAGAAGGAGGUAUGCAAGAUUUUAAUUAUCUUUCAAGCAACGACUUCGAGAUAACAUUGGAAUUGGGUUGUAAAAAAUAUCCCCCUGCUGAUGAAUUGCAAAACGAGUGGGAAAGAAACAAGAAUGCUCUUCUAAAUUUCAUUUGGCAGACUCAUAUUGGUAUUAAAGGCAUAGUAUUCGAUAUUCAAUCGAAAACAGGCAUACCUGGAGUUGUCAUACACGUUCGAAAUAUAACUGACAAUCCGUACGACAUCGAUCACGAUAUCACAUCAGUACAUGAUGGAGAUUACUACAGGUUAUUAACACCUGGAAAAUACAAAAUAACUGCAUAUCGAGAUGGUUAUUUACCUCGCUCAAAAAUCGUCACCGUAACCAAUAAACCCUUCGAAGAAGCUCAGAGACUAGAUUUCCCUUUACAGCCAAUAACGAAAUGUAGACGUCGUCGCAAAUGGAAGCACAGAUCACUUAGAUGCCACCGUACAUGGUCGCUCCGAACAACAAUUACAUCAAUUCGAAAUUAGAAGAUGAAUUCGAUAACCAGCAAUGGUCCAAUUGGGCCGAAGAAAGUGAACCCAUACCAGAACCAAUAGCAGUACAAUAAAACAUAAGUCGUAUAGCAAUUUUUUUUCUGAUUACGCACAUAGUUUACUAUUAGUCAGGUCAAAAUAUGCAUUUCAAAUAAAAUAAACUCCCACAAAGUUAAUUAUUGGUAAAUACUUUGAGAUGAUAGUUAGAAUUGAGUUUCCAUUAAUGUCCAACGAUCCUUGAUCCUUUGUAUGAUAAUAAGAGUUACUUCAAAUCAAAACAAACAAAAUAUAGAGUUUUUUCGGUUUUCCUCGUAAACGGUGAGUUUUAUCAAAAAAAUAGAUGGGAGAAAAAUUGUAGAUCACGCAAUUAUCUACAAAAAUUGUGAUCAUACUUUUUUCGAUACGAAUCACCAUUUCUGAGAUAUCGCGAUUUUUAAACUACAAAGAUUGGUAUCUCUAUUUGGCGCGUUUUUUAAAACAUUGUUUCCCAGGUAAGCGAGCUACACUUCCGGUAAUGGCAGAAUUUUAUAGAAUGAUACUACAAUUUGAUGAUAUUCAUUGGAAGUGUAGUGCACAACGUUUUAAAAAAGGCACAGUUUUUGUAGAUGAUUUGAUGAUCUAGAAUUUUUGUCUUAUCUAGUUUUUUAUAAAACUUAAUGUUUACGAAGAAAUUUUAAAAAAUUAAGAAUUUUGACAUUUGACAAGAAAAAGAAGAAGAAAUGAAAGAAGUCGAAUUUGAAGAUAAUGGAUUAAGAAAAAGUUUAGCACGCUUAUCUGGUGAAGAAUUUUAAAAAACGACGUGCCAAGUAGGGAUACCAAUUUCAAAUUUUUGAAUUGUGAUAUCUCAGAAAUGGCGAUUUGUAUUAAAAAAGGUAUGAGUACAGGUUUUGUAGAUAAUUUUAUAAUUUUUAUUUUUUCUGCUGCUAAAACGCAUCGUUUACGAGCACAUUCCAAAAAACUCGAAAUGUUGACAUUUGACAAGGAAAAGAAGAAGAAAUAAGAGAAGACGUGUUUGAAAAUGAAUAUCAUUAAUCAAUUGAGUUCACAGUUUACGUGAAAAUUUGACAUUGAGUAACAUUUUUUUAGAGCGCACAAAAUCGAUAGGAACUUCUGAAGACUUAUUUCCAAUAGCAAACACAAGAUUUCUGUCAAAAUUCAACUCUGUGGGAUUUUUUUUAUUUAAACCAUAUUUUUAGUCUAAUUUGACCGGACUAUAUCCAAUUAUUUUUUAAUAAAAAAAGUACUUUACAUAUGAAAUUUUUUUGAAAUAGGUUGAUUGUGGAGAAGAAAAAUAGUGACAAAUUGUUUAUGUUUUACUUUGAAUAUAUCUCACUUUAAUAAACAAUUGUGUAAUGGAUCAAUAAAUUAUUCUGUUUGAACUUUGAGAUAUAUAUGGAUAAGGUUAAAUAUAUAUAUUAAAUAAUUUUGUUUCUAACAACACAUUCUUAUAACAAAUUUUAAAAAGAAAUAAUUUACAUUUAAAUCAGUUUGCCGGUAAAUGACUUCAUCGCUAAUUGAAAUUCAAAAUUACGUCAUAAUUAGUGAUAAAUCAAUUAAUUUCCUUUAAAUCGACUAAUUAGGGUCAUAAAACGUUAAUUCAGGUUUAAGUGUAUAUAAAUUUGUAAUAGGGAGUUUAUCAACAUUCCUAUCCUUGAAAAACAUUAAUCCAAAUAUUAUAUAACCUACAAAAUUGAUAUUACAAAAAGUUUGUUAUUUAUUUCCAAUAAUCUCUGAAACACAACUCAACUUGACAACAUUGCAUUCGUUUGGGAUAGUAUUAGACUCAGUUACAUGGACACAAUUGAAUUUGUAUUAAAUUCUUGUAAAAGAAUCAAUUACAAUUUUCGAAUCGUAAACGGUUUCGAUUCUUUUAGUGUCAUUCAAAGCAGCCGAGGGAAUAUAGAAUCGUGCAUAGUCGUGUAAGAUCGUUUUGCAUUAGACUUAUGCCGCAUUCAUAGACAUAGACAUAAUACUAGACUGCGCAUUCGAUGUACUAACGACCUCUGUGGGGCAUAACCGUCACGAGUGAGUCUUCAUGACUUUAUUGGCAACUGGACGUGGUAGUUCGUCAAUGACGUGUGUUUGUUCAGGAUAUUUAUUAUAUGUUCUUCAAUAUAAAAAACAGGGUUUAUGAUCAAAAUAAAAACACGUUAUUUAAGCGUUUUAGAAGUAGUCAAAUACUUUUACCGAGGUUCUAAAUGUUGGAAAUUAAGUAUUUCCGGUUUUUUCCAAUAAUUGGAUUGGUGCAUUUCCGGUUUAGCUUUCUGAACUAGAUUCAUACAUAAUACAAGGAAGAGUUUUUUUGGGUGCUUAUUGAUAGGAGGUGGAUAGAGGGAAAGAAUCAAAUUUGCUGGUUAAGUUAGAUUAGUUUUACUUCAGCUUAGCUCUGAAAAAUGAUAUUUUCCUAUAAAAUGCGAAAUGUUUUCUGUCUGCAUUUCUGUCUAAUUCGUAAAUUCAUUUCAAAAAGCUGAAGUUAACCAAAUUGGUGAAACCAAAUAUACCAAUUUCUGUCAUCUGGGACUUCUUAAAUGCAAAGUUGACUUGUUUUAUAGUGAUUCUAAACGGGAAGUAUUUCUUAACUAGUUGUAUCAAUACUGGCUAUAAUCCAACAACAAAUAUCCUGUACCAAUGCGUAGACAUAGAAAUAUUUUUUAUACAAACCUCGUAUAUGAUUACAAAUUAAGUUUCAAAGUACCUUUUUUAUCAAAAAAUAUUUAUUAAAGUACACAUUUUUCAAAUUCUUUAAGUUGAAUACAACAACAUAGCAAACAAUUUUCAAUAUUUUAGAAUUUUAGAACCAAUAAAUUGUCAUCUUCCAUUAUGAAAUAAAUUUUAUUUUAAACUGUA